AUUGCUGUUAUUGUCAAGUAGACAGCAUUUUGACAUUUGUUUUUAUUUGAAUUGAAUGGAAAAUAGAACUUUUUGAUAAAUUUGAGUUUUUAUUUUGUCUCGUAAAGCCUGCCGAUUUGUGAAUACGAAAUCGUAGGUAAAUCUCAUUUUUUCAAUGUCCAUACUGAUUGAAGUAUUUGUCUGUACUAUAUCUCAGCGAGGCGUGAAGAACACGUCAAAAACAUACAUAGUUGACGUGUUUACUAGUUUGCAUCCUACUCAAACAUCGUAAAAUACGUGCCUAGUAAAAAUGGUGAAGAAGAAUAGUUUCCAAGUGGCUUUGAAUGAUAACACGUAAUAUUAUAUUCACGGAAUAAAUUCUUAUGUUAAUUUCAUUAAUAUGAUACCUAAAAACUACAGCAGCGCUAUUUUACGCUCACUUUUUGCAUCAAUCCUGCUCAUCCACUGUGCCAAUUCUUCAGCAAUAGAUAUAUUUGUAAAAAAGAACAAAAGUACCGAACCAAGCGGGCUAUAUUCACUGAAAGACGAUGUAGAAAUCCUGACGGCAGACAAUUUCAAAAACGAAAUAUACAGCAAUGGAAGAGCCUGGUUUGUGGAGUUUUACAACAGCUGGUGUGGAUUCUGCCAAAGAUUCGCACCAUCAUGGAAGGCUUUGGCGACUGACGUUAAGGCCUGGGGAGAUCUAGUAGGUAUAGGAGCCAUCGAUUGUUCAGAUGAAGCAAAUCAUCCUCUGUGUAGGAAUUUUGAAAUUAUGAGUUACCCUACUCUGAAAUACUUCCAUGAAAACUAUGAAGAAGGUCCAACUAAUUUCGGGCUGCCAGUAGAGGCCGGCCAAGAUGUAGAUGAACAUAGAAAAAAACUACUGGAUGUCCUGAUAAAUGAGCAAAAGCAGGGUCGCGGCAAACAUCUACCAAACUUGUUACCAUUCUCAGGAAAACCAGUCCAAACAUUACAUGACGAUGUUGAGUAUUUGAUAUUGGUUAUACAAAAACCUACUGACUACAUUGGUCCAGAACUUGCCAUGGAUCUGCAUAAAAUAAAAAAUAUAAAAGUCAAAUACACUUACGAUAACAACACAGACCUUGUUGAUGAGUUGAAGCAAAAGGACUUUCCUCAGUUGUAUGUCUUUGGAAGGAAAGGUGACAGAAAACUGGUUCCAAUAUCAGAACAUUCUAGAGAUGGAUACACAAAAGCCAUCAAAGGCUUUUUGAAGGACAGGCACAUAGCUGUGUCAGCGGAAGGCUCUAAAAAUUUGUUUGCAGGGAAACAGGCAGAAGCUGAAGUACCUGACAUGGCCACAUUCUUGCACAGAAAAGAACAAGACGCUCUGAAAGAAAGAGUAAAAAAGAUCGGCGAUGUCGUAUUCCAAAUGGACUUGGAGAGCACUCUAAGAUAUUCCCUGAAACAUGAAAUUGUUGGAUUUAGAGAAAUUACUGGCGAAAGGUUGGAUGCCCUCAAAGCGUACUUGGACGUUUUGGUAAAGUAUUUUCCUUUUGGAAAGUAUGGACAUAUGUUUCUGAUUGAGCUCAGGGAUUUUGUUUCAAAUAAGAAGCAUGUUAGAGGGGAAGACAUAAAAAUAUUGGUACAAGAUGCUGAAAAGGAUAGCAGACAGGUGUUUUCUUCACCAGAGCAGUGGCUGGCAUGUAAAGGCAGCAUCUCGAAACACCGCGGCUACCCCUGCGGUGUCUGGAAACUCUUCCACUAUCUCACGGUCAAUGCUGCCGAAGCCAGUCCUCCGACCUCAGACCCCACAAUGGUUCUAACAGCCAUGUACGGUUACAUCAAGCACUUCUUCGGCUGUAGCGAGUGUAGCAAACACUUCCAGCAAAUGGCUAAACGCAGGAACCUGUGGGGUGUGAGCUCGUGGGACGAGUCGGUGUUGUGGUUGUGGAUGGCGCACAAUGAGGUCAACAAGAGGUUGGCAGGGGAUGAAACGGAGGAUCCGGAGUUUCCCAAGGUGCAGUUUCCGACUAAGGAGAGGUGUCCCAGGUGCCACAAUUCCGAUGAUUCCUGGAACCUCCCCGAAGUUCAGCAGUACCUCAGGCACAUGUACGCGGGCAUCAAUGUGCGUUACAUUGGUUCAGACACCAGGAUCCUUCAUCUUGGACUCAACGGUUCCCCAAAGGCUGAUGAUGUGUUUAGGACAGUGGACACUUACAUGUGCUUCGUGUUGUACGUUGCGUGCUUCACGUUUCUUGUGCUCUUGAUUAAUUUGGUUUGGAGGAGGAGGAGGAGGUAUAGGAAGAAGGCUUACGUGCACGAUUUGUUGGGGAAGGUUUAGAAUGAGGUUGUGAAAUUUUUAUUCAGAAACAUAAACGAAUUUGCAAUACUUGAUAUCCUUUGGAAAUACGGAGUUACAUGAACGCAUCGAAGUCAAGGGUUUACGAGUGACUUUCUGUGCUCGAAAUAAAAUUACUGCAUUUUUCUUUUGAGGUAGCUAGAUUAAAAGAUAUAAUCGACGGUCUCACACAUUUACUUUUCAAUUUGAUGUUGUGCAGCAAGAAAAAUGGAUUUGCUAUAUUAUUUAUUUGUAUGUGGAGGGAAUUAAAGUCCAUAUUGUCAUGAUGAUGUUUAUAAAUUAUGCCCUGAUGUGAUUUAUUUUUGAACUGAUUUGGUGUCGAAAGAGAUUUAAAAUAAUGUGGCAAGUUGGUAAAAAAAAAAUGUUAUAAAUUCGUCAUCAUUCCAGUUAUCAGAUAAGUAGUUAAUAGCGAUAAUUUGCUGUGUAAAAAAGAUUGCUUAAACGGAAAACCGUAACGGCAUUAAAAAGUCCAGAAUAGAACCGAGUUUUGCUUUAGAAGCAUGUUUGGACUGCACACUUGUAAAAUGAAAGCCAAAGAAACUAUCUUUUCAUAAAUGUUGUUUUUUUAUUUUUUUACUGUCUCGUAUAGGUGUAAACGGGCUAAUGGACAAUGCAAGGCUCUCAUGGUAAUACUAUAAUAUACAUAUAUAUAUAUUUAUAUAUACACUAAUGGACAAAAGUAUAUAGACAAAUUAAUAUUGUACUGUAUUUCUUUUUUAACUUGUUUUAUUAAUACACCAACGUGUAUACAUAAUUGGUUAUAGCAUAAUACUCACUUAUACAUAAAUAAAUUUAUUAGACAUGCUUUAGUAUAUCUGUGUAUACAAACUUAUCCAUAAUGCCAUCUAUUCUAUGUAAAGGUCCCAUCCCAAACCCCGAAAAGCACCCCCAAACCAUAACAGACCAGCCUCCAUGUUUGACAGCGGGCAAAGUGUACUUGGAGUUCAAUCUUUGUCCACUAGGACGUCUAACGUAAUGAACACCAUCUGAUCCAAACAUAUUGAACUUGGAUUCGUCACUGAAACAUACCCUCUUCCAGUCACAGAUGCUCCAAUCAAGAUGCAACCGUGCAAAUUGGAAUCGGUCCUUAUUAACCUUCUACUUACAGUUUUCGUAGAAACACUGACAAUUCCUUUUGUCUCGAUUUCGGCUUUUAUUUGUCUUGGGGUUUCAAACGGAUCUUUGGACGAAAUUACUUUGAUUAAUCUAACUGAUCUAGCAUUUAGUUUUCUAGGCCGAUCACUUCUCUUAGCUUCUUCCAAGAUACCUUUUUGUUUAUAUUUGUUCAAUAUUGCCGAAACUUUUUUUACGCUUCAGCUUCAAAUUUUUGGCAAUGCCGACUUGACGUUGACCAUCUUUGUAUAACUCAAUGAUCUUAGUUUUCACAUCGAAAUAAAUUUCUCGACCAAGCGGCAUGGUCUUAAAAUCACUCAACUUAUUCCACAAUACUUGAUGAACACAAACUAAUCCUCUUCUGACACGAAACUGUACUAAACUAAUGUUGAAAAGAAUUUAGUUUUUUUACUAAUAACGCAUUUGUUUAUGGAGCAAUGAAGUAUGAAUUCGUUUUCUAAAGGUAUUUAGGUAAAUAUUCAUAUUUGUCUAUAGACUUUUGUCCAUUACUGUAUAUGAGGAGCAGACUUGCAAAUUGCAUUUUGUCCAUUUUUACCAAUUUUCAGGAGAAGCAAAAAACCAGUACAGAAAAGCUAACCAUGACAGAAAAUUUUGUUCUGGAUAAUAUAAUGCUAUCAGGUGUAUCGACCUCAAUCACAAGUUUUGGUACAAGAAAGUCGAAAAACAAGUUGAAAAAAUUGAAAAAAUUGUUGGACAGAAUGCAGUUUGAUUGUCUCUAGUGGACAAAAUGCAAUUUAAAUGUCAUUGUCAAGUUAACAAUAAUAAAAAAUUUGGUUUUAUUUAAAAAAAGGUGUAUAUUGAAACAACAAAACAAAAUUUGUAAGUAUUACAAUAAUAUUAGGAGUAAACAAUUUUAUUUUUAAAGGAAUUCAUUAUCAUCAUUCUCAGCGCAUCCACAAGCUUCUUCGUCAUUUUCGUGCUCUUCAUCGUCAUCAUUACAGUUUGCCACAGUUUUCUCAAAUAUUUCAGCCAUCCAUUUCAGCUGCGGGUCUGUUUCAUACCAUUUGUCACCAGACAAUGAAACAAGUAGGUUUUUUAGACUAUCAAGCUUUUUCUGCUUUACUUCAUGUCCAAGUCGUACUUUAGGAAGUUCAAUUUGAUCCAACCGCUUUUUAGGUUUCAACAAAGUUUGGAAUUUUUUCGCUGGAUCAUCCGUUCGAUACAGCAAUUCAGAUUUCACCACAACGCCUGAGGGCUUUCCCCGUUUGAUGAUUAUUCUUUUACUUGAACUAAUUCCUAGGACUUUUUUCAAACAGAUGGAAGCUUCUUUUAUAUUCACCAAUGACCAAUCAGUUCCAAGUUUUCUGAUUUCACCUACUUGUUUGUAGAGUUCCCAAUAUUUUUCAGGUGUUUUUAUGACCGCGUGUCGUCUUAAAAUCUUUUCCACCCUCCCAAAAAUUCUAUCUGCCGGAAGAUAAGAGUGUCCUCGCACUGGGAAGAUAACUUCUAUUUUUUUAAUUGUUUCUGGAGCAAAGCGGUGUAACCAUAACAUUAGCAUGUGGAUGGUAAAGCUAUUUUUAUUUUGCCCCCCGCAUCCAUCGGAGAAGAGCCGAAGAGUGUCUAUAUUCGGGGAAAAAUUGGUCUUUUUCAAAAAAUCAAGCAGGGCGGAAGAUAUUUCUGUCGCUCCCCUGCCAGCUUGGUGUUCCAUCCAUGAAUAAAAAACAGGGUUUUUACAGUUUGUGGCUGUAACGCAAAAAAAGUAAAAUGACAGCUGCUGUGCAUAAAAAGCAUCUUGUAUGGGAACUUUUGGGAGAACCUGCACUUGUUGCAAGUCAAAACAAAAAGACACUGAGUUAGGAGAUGCUUCUUUCAUCAUUUUAUGGAACUGAGAUGCUCUAACCUUGUGAACUUUUAACUGGGUCUCAAGUUGGCCUUUAUCGAUAAUAUUCCUCGCAUUACCGAUUUGCGUUGCUGUUUUAACACAAAAAUUACAUACAUCUGUAGCCGGGCUACCAAAGCCUAUGUUGAAGUGAUUACUGAAGACCCUGCUAAAGUAUUUAUAAUUUACUUUUUUUUCAUUAGUCACUUUUUCAUUAUAGAAGUUGCAAAGUUUAGCAAUGGUGUAUUCGGCAGACAAGUAGAUUCUUCUUGAUUUAGAACGGCUGUAGUGACUUUCUUUCCCUUUCAGGUUGCUUAUAAACUUUUUCACCUCAUUUAAUUUGUUGAUAAAUUUGUGAGAUUUUCUAUCGCCUCCUCUUUUUUCAGUAAGACUUGAUCCCAUUUUUAUUUUCUGACAUAUUGUGUUUAUUCGCCUUUGAGACACGCUGAACAUAGCUCUAAAUAGUUUCUGGCAAAUUUGUUUUUUAUCACCUUCAAAAAAUAUCUGAAAAAAAACGAGAGUAAGUCACAGUUUAAAAUACAUUUCAGAUGGUUAUACUUACGAAAUAAUUUACGGAAAAAUUAUGGGACUUUCCAUUUUCUUUGCGACUUCGUUUUCGUUUUGGCUCCUUAAUCUCCAUGUAGCUUGCAAGCAAGUUGUCCUGCGUAAUUUUGUUAGGACUCUCGAAAAAGGUUUGGCGGAUUUUCAGCAUAGCUCCUUUCGAUAAUUCUUCGCAAUCAAGAUUAGAAUUUUUAUGAUUACAAACUACGUUGAAAUUGUCUAGAUUGAUGUCCAAAUUGGAAUACCUUAAAAGUGAAACGGAAAAUAAUAAAAUAUUUUAGGCUUAUAACCUAACAAAUACCUUAUUUGUUUUUUUCUCUCACGGCUUGUUGUAUUCCUUUUUCUUUUCCUACUACCCCUAUCCACACUAUCACCAACAAUAUGCUCCCCUUCUAACUGUUCCAUUUUGAUCCAAAAGCAACACUACUUCAAUGUUUUAACAAUUAAAACUUGAAAAAGUCUCCAAGGUAACACCGAACUAUAACAACAGAUUCUGAUAAAAUAAACAAAAACCCCAUCAAAAUGCAUUUUGUCAACGUUUAUGGACAAAAUGCACUUUGAAAGUACCAUGUGAGUGGACUUAAAUCAGUUUGUUUGUCUAGGUAUAAUUUUCCCCUCAAUAACACGGGGACUAAAUACAUUUUGACUGUUCAAAUGUUUAAAAAAAGAUAGUAUUUCAUCAUAGGAAUGCAGCGCCACCUGUAUCUCAAAUAUGGAAAAUUUGGACAAAAUGCAUUUUGCAAGUCUGCUCCUCAUAUAUACUGCCAAGUGAAGCACGGAGACGGUAUUUUACCGGAAAAAAGGCGUUCAAGCUUUCAACCUCUGAUUGCAGACACGUCAAACAAAAAUAUAGGAUUUUAGGAAAACUGUUGCCAAAAAAGUUGAGAUAUCCUCGUUGUGCUUAGUUCGGCAGUGUCUUUUUUUUAAACUCGUAUUAUACGUUUUUAAUUUUUAUUUCCACUAAUAAGUAUACCAAACCCAGUGAUACUAAUCUUCUAAUUCCCCAAUUCCGUGUCAGACUUUUCUAUAAUUUAAGCUUAUGUUUAAACGCAUCACAUAUAGAACAAUUUACUUUGACGUUGCAUAACCGAGAUCGAGGUGCUUAGAGUUUAUUUGUAUGCGUAGGCGGUGGCUCAAAUCAUUGAUUAACGUAAUCUCGAAAAUAGUCAACAAAAUACUAUAAUAUUCUGGUGUCCAAAAAGGAUUCUGAAAGAGACUAGCGCCACCUGCAAGAUGGAACACAUACACAAUUUAGAAACCCAAUUUGAAAGGAGUUUGGUUCUGAUAUUGUCUCAUAGAUGGCGCUAUGGCCUUAUUUCUUUUCUGUAAUGCCUAUUUAAAUUGGAUAUCUUGAGGCGCUAAUUAAUAUGUUCCACCUGAAAAUACCCCAAUUGAAAUAGGGACUAGACGCCGUCUAUCAGACAGUAGCAAAACUAAAAACUCUAACUUCUAUCAAAGUAGAUCUCUAAAUUCAUUUUUGUGAUCCGAUAAUUGUUUGGACGUCGGGAUAGUACGGUUUUCGCAUACCCGGGCUUUUUGAUUCCCGGGUUUCGGGUAUUUUUUUUAAAUACCUGGGUAGCCGGUUCGUAUCCGGGUAUUUUUAAUUCUAAAUAAAACUUCACACCACCCAUCAGUUUGAUCCAAUCAAAUAUAUAUUUAUACAAAAAAAAAUAAACUUCUUCAUAAAUAAUAAUAAUAAUAAAAACACGAUGUCAUUGUCGUGUCUUAAAAAAAUCAUCCAUAAGGAAUCCUAACAAUCAUUAAUAAAAAGCUCCUUUAUAGCAAAACAACGACAUGAAUUAACAUGUAACAAGACUUUUAAUAGAAAAUAGAUCUAGGUUAUACAUUUUAAAGCAGAGGAUAAUUGUAAACAGUCCAGGUAAGUUAUCUUUAAUUAAUAUAUGAUUUAUUAAUGAAAUAAGAAUAUCAAACCGUCAAGGGAACGAUCAAUGAAUAACUAAUUUUGAGCACGAGUAGACAAGUAUCUUCGAGUAUCUGAUCUAAAAAAAAAAAUCUGGUUCGGUUUCACUGCAUAAUCUUCUUCAGAAAGGACCUCUUUUGAUGUGCAUAAAAUAGCGUUAAAAAUUGUUGAAAGGACUUUUAUAAACACAUUCCAAAAAUCGUUUUUGCACCUGACAAAGUUUUUCUCGGUCUUUAGAUCAUUCUCAACAAAAAAGAUCCUUAUGAACUUUUCUCUAAGUACAUAGUUUAUUACGCUGGAAAAUAAAGAUUCCCCAUUUUUAUUGAUACCCGUGUCCCCGGGUUUUUUGUCAAGUAUUGCCCAGAUCCGAAAACUCUUGGAUACCCGGGUAUACCCGACUCGAAAACCCUACGAGAUACAGUAUGUAGUUCUUUUUAGGUAGAUUACGUUAAUCAAUGAUUAAAUAGAUAGAGUAGGAACAAACAUCUAACGGAGCAAGUGAUACAUACGAGUUUUCCAAUGAUUUAUACAAAAUAUAUAGUGAUAAAUAAUGAAGUAGCAAUUUUCUUCAACAGACAUAUCCUUCUCCAUAUUUUAAGACAUUUUGCAGCAGAAACUAUAUGAACAAGGAAAAAGUAACAGUAUUUUGAUCUCUUGCCUUUUAUCCAUUCAACGAACUGUUAAGAUUAAGUUUGUACAAAAUGGCAGUGAACUGUAUAUUGCAUUUAUGUUAACAUUAUUGUUUAUAUAAAAAUUGUACAUUGUUGUUUGUUAUAAAUAAAUGGUG